UCUUUUGUUCCGUUCUGUAGACAUUCAAGCAAUCGUAAAGACGCUAACUUUUUUAUGUUUCUUUUAUUUAACAACGCAGUUUUUGUUUAUAACUCUAUCAAAAGUAUUUGUUAUUAAUAAACCGUCAUAACAACACAUUUGUAUAUCAAUAUACACAACUAUAAUUCAAAUAAUGCUAUUAAAAGUUCGUAAAUAAAGUGAGAAGUGUUCUUAAAGAGUUGUGAAAAAUGUCCGUAUCGCAAGAUUUGCCUCCAAGUUCUCAAUCCCUGGCUUCGGAUGUGAGCGCUUUGUUUCAGAACCCUAAGAAAUAUGAAGAGCUGAAUGUUAUUGGCACCGGUGCAUAUGGAACUGUUUACAAAGCACGGGACCUCCAAAAUGGCGGUCAGGUGGUGGCGAUGAAGAAGGUCAAGGUUGCGAUAACGGAAGACGGUAUACCUCUGUCUACGCUGAGGGAAAUCGCUCUAUUGCGGCAGCUGGAGGCCUAUAGGCAUCCUAAUAUUGUUAGACUACUAGACGUGUGCCACGGAGCCCCCUCUGUGGAGCGGGACCAGCAACUCCUCCUGUACCUGGUGUUCGAGCAUGUUGAACAAGACCUGGAAUCAUAUUUGAAGCGGUCACCUGGUCCUUUGUCCGAGAACAGGAUACGGAGCAUGUCCCAUGACAUCUUAUCGGGCAUAGACUUCCUCCACUCUCAUCGUAUCGUGCAUCGUGACCUGAAACCCCACAAUCUGCUGGUCACGUCCGCAGGCAGAGUCAAGUUGGCUGACUUCGGGCUGGCCAAGACUUAUGACACCGAGAUGAAGCUCACCAGUGUGGUGGUCACCCUGUGGUAUCGCCCACCAGAGGUUUUACUGGGCGUUUCAUACAACACCGCGGUGGAUGUUUGGUCUUGCGGCUGCGUGUUGGCCCAGCUCCACACCAGAUCACCUUUGCUACCAGGAACAUCGGAUUCAGACCAAUUGCACUGUAUAUUCAGGCUAAUAGGCCGUCCAUCCCGGCGGGAGUGGCCUGAAGCGGCGUCUGUGAUGCCGGAUAGUUUCCCGGACUAUCCGCCUACUAAUUUGGCUGAUGUCCUGCCUAAUAUCCAUCCGCAGGCCUUGGACCUUAUUCGGGGUAUGCUUGUGUUCGACCCAACCAAACGUCUAACAGCACUGGACUGUCUCGAACACCCUUACUUCACAGACGAACCUUUGACGUAAGCCGUAAGGUGGGAAUGCUGGGAUAGACAUAAAUAUUUGAGGGUUAAAUUAACCUGUAACACUGUUUUGAAAAUCUACGAUGUUAAUUGAGUCACGGAGGUACAUGCUACAGUCGUUUUGUGUAACAAAAUAUAAUUAAAAAUUUCCUAAAAUUUCUUUUUUCCGUGAAAAAAAAAUCUAUUUCAGUUUUUUUUCGCAAUUUUUGUUGCAAUUGAAGCCAUGAGAAAUAAGUUUAUAAUUUCUUUUAAUCCCCGAAAGUAAAACAUAUAGUUUUACUUUCGAAAAGUCUUUUUAAUUUUAGUCGCAAGUGAAGUUCUGAGACAAACGUUAAUUGCUUUUAAUGAUUUAUAAUUUAAGUUUGUACGUAUGUUCCUAAUUUAAUCCCAUCUUUAGAUUAGAAAAUAAGUUAGUGCCUUUGUGUGCCUUAAAAUAAGAUUAAAAAGUUAAGAUUUUUUGUGACUAUAGAUAUAUUAUCAGAUCUAACCCCCGUAAAAAAAAGCAAUCCUCUUUUUUUUAUCAUUGCCUGACCAGGAAUCGAACCCAACCCCCGUAGUAAGGCACGCGCGACGCCUUUUUGAUCGCGCGAUAAACAAACGCUGUCAAUUCAUAAUAAAAAGCGAUACAGCCAUAAAAACUGCAUCGCGCGUGUCUUACAACAACUGUAUUCGAUUCCUGGUCAGGAAAUGAUAAAAAAAGCGAACUUCUUUUUUUUUUUUACUGGCCUUGAUCGGUGAUGUUAAUCAAGGUCAAACUUUGUAAGGGUCAUUUGAUGGGAUGCAUAAACGCAUGCGCAGCGAUCUCGAGUGUACUGCGCGCGAGUCGCGGAGGAGGCGCGCGGGAUCCGAGGCAUCGCUCAGCCGGGCAAUUUUUUUUUUAAAUUUUUGUCGCAAGUGAAGCCCUCAGAAAAACGUUAAUUGUUUUUAUCUAUACUAAUAUUAUAAAGCUGAAGAGUUUGUUUGUUUGAACGCGCUAAUCUCAGGAACUACUGGUUCGAUUUGAAAAAUUAUUUUGCGUUGAAUAGACCAUUUAUCGAGGAAGGCUUUAGGCUGUAUAACAUCACGCUGCAACUAUAAGGAGCAAAGAAAUAAUGGAAUAUGUGAAAAAAACGGGGAAAAUUAUUCAUCCUUGAGGACUUCAAUGAUGCCCAAAAUAAAUAUUCCAUGCAGACGAAGUCGCGGGCACAGCUAGUGGUUUAUAAUUAUAAUUAUUAAUUAGUCGCCCGGUGAGACGCGCGGGGUCCGAGGUACCGUUCAACCGGGCUCCGUUGCCUAGCAACGCGGCAGCAGUUACUGGUUUACUACUUACGCGCUCGCUGCAUCUUUUUUUUUUAAUUGGCCUGGAUUGCCAUGUUAAUUAACAUAUGUAAUAAUAAGUAUUUGUCUCGAAAUUACUUUUGGGUCUGGCUCAAUCUGUGUAAUUUGUUAAAUGAAUGUGCUGUUGCAACGUGGUUUUAUAUGUAUGUGUAUGUGAGUUAUAUUAUUAAGAGAACAAUAAUAUUGAGAAAGUACAAAUAUAAACACGAUCGCGCCCGAUUAUCGAUGGGGGUAGCCAGAGACUGCAUUUUUCCACUUACAUCCCUGCAUUCUUGGAUUUCGUCCAAAUUUAGCUAUUUAUUCGUGAAGCUUCGUCUGUUUAAGAGUUUUUCGAGGAAAAGCUGAAACAUUCUUUUAAGGCGACAUCUAUGAAUUAAAUAAGAAAACACAUGUUCUCCACCUUUAAAAUAGAUGGCGUUAUACAAAAUUUUCAGAUUAUUGUAAAAUUCAAUCUGAUUUUCAUUCAUUCAUUUAUGUAAUAAAUAUUUAAAAAAACCAUCCCAUACAAAUUGAGUGAUAUGUCACUUUGGAUGGGAAGUCGGUAUUUUAACAUACAUACAUUAUGAUUAUAUACCCUGCGGGGUAGACGGAGCCCACAGUCCCGAAAAGACUGUAUCAAAAUUUUAAGUUUUUAAUAAUUUGUAAAGAACCAAAAUUUUUUCAAGUUAAAAACUCAAUCAAUAAAGUUUAAUAAACUUGGCAUUCUUCUUUUAGGCGAUGGGCUAGCAACCUGUCACUCUUUUGAUAACCGUUGGCUCUGUCUACCCCGCAUACCAUAGCAUAGACGUGAAUAUAUGUUAUGUAGAUUUAAGUUGAUUGAGUACAUAUAUUUUUCUAUGUAAUUGUUAAGACUUAGAAAUUCAGUGUAAGUGUUAUGAGAGUCAUAUUUUUUGGAUGUAAUAAACAUUUUUUUUCUAAUAA